AUGGCCUCAAUUCGUUCUCUCUCCAGCAGAAUUGCUCGCUUCGCCCUCUAUGAGUGCACUGCUGAUCUCUCCCAUUUGAGCGCACAAGAGCACGCUGCUUUAAAGCAUUUAGUCAAGGCAGGAAAGUACAUUGACCAACUCUAUAUGCGUCAAGCAUGGUCUGGUAACGAGGAAUUGCGCAAAAAGUUACAUGCUGAAGGAAACAAGGAGCUUAUUACUUUGUUUGAAAUGUAUAAGGGUCCUUGGGCGCGUGAGGAUGAUAAUGUACCCUUCGUUGAUGGUGUGCCUGAACGCCCUGAAGGCGGUAAUUUCUAUCCUGAAGGUAUGAAGAAGGUUGACUUUGAGGCAUGGAUAGAGACUCUAUCACCAGAAGAGCAAAAGAAGGCCAAGAGCUAUUACACCCUUAUUCGCAAGGACGACCAUGGUAGAUUCGAGACAGUUUCCUACGCCGAAGCAUAUGCCGAUCUUUUGAAGCCUGCAGCUCAACAUCUGCGUGAGGCUGCUAAUGAGCUUAAGGGUGUCAAACUUGCUGAUGAAGAACAAGGAACUCGCAUCGACGAAUUCUUAGCCUCGCGUGCUGAUGCCUUUGAAACUAACAACUAUUUGGAUUCCGAGUUGGAUUGGCUUCGUCUUGGCAAGUCCAACAAGUUGGAAAUUACAAUCGGUCCUUAUGAGCAAUACACUGAUGGUCUUUUCACGUUCAAGAGUGCCUACGAGUUCUACAUCCAUGUAAGAGAUGAGCACUCCUCCAAGCUUUUGGAAAAGUUCUCUGAUCUUCAAUUUGUGGAAGACCGUUUGCCUAUUCCAGAGAAAUAUCGUAACGACAAGCUGGUUGCUGCUCCUAUUGUUGUUGUGAAUCAAUUAUAUGCUGCUGGUGAUGUUGCUGUGCCCAUGACUGCUGCUUAUAAUCUUCCCAAUGACGAGGAAGCCAUCAAGAAGGGUGGCUCCAAGCUGGUGCUUAUCAAGAAUGUCCAAGAAGGCAAAUUCGAGCAUGUUUUGACACCUAUUGCAUCCCAGGUGUUGGCUAAAGAUCAAUUGGUUCAUUUGACAAAGGAUGCAUUCACAACUCACGUCUUGCUUCAUGAGGUGUGCCAUAGUAACGGUCCCCAUCACACACUCCAGGGCGAUACUGUUCGUUCCAAAUUACAAGAAUAUCACUCUGCCCUCGAAGAGGCCAAGGCAGACAUUGCCGCUUUAUUUGCUGCUGAUUUGAUGAUAGAUCAUGGCACUAUCGACAAUGUCACACAAAAGGAGUUCUGGGUUACAUUCCUAGCCUCUGCCUUCCGUUCAAUCCGUUUCGGUAUCCAAGAAGCACAUGGUUUGGGACAAGCAAUUCAACUUAAUUACUUGGUAGAAAAAGGUGGUUUCAGAUGCGAUGAAAAGACAAAGUUGUUCAGCGUUGAUUUCGAAAAGAUUCGUUCAGCUGUUUCUGAUCUGACUAGAGACAUUUUGAUCCUUCAAGGUGAUGGUGAUAAGACUGCAGUCGAUGAUUUUGUUAAAAAGUAUGGUGUACUUCACAAGGACACCAAGGAUGCCUUGGCUCGUAUUGAUGAUGCUGGUAUUCCAGUUGAUAUCCGUCCUCACUAUCCUCUUGCCAACUAA